GAAAGAGUUCUGAAAGAAAAAAGUUUAAGAAACACUGGUUAUAUUGACACCUAUAAAGAUACUUUUCUUUGGCAGCCAUAUAUAUAUUUAUUUUUCUACUAUGUUAUAAUUGUUUUAAAUCAUUUUUAUGAUUUCACGCUGUCCAUAGUCACUUGUUUAAGAUGGCUGGCUAUAGAAAUUAAAUAAAAUGAAUAAACAAUAAAUAUAAAAAAUGGAAUACUUCCUCUUUUCAUUUUAACAGUAUGAACGUUUCACAGCUCAAUAGAAAACCCAUCACUUGAAUCCACUCCAGCUGCUAAAGUCCUGCUCUCUACCUAAAACAAUUUUCUCAGCUGAUUCCCAGGAUCCAUCGAAGCAAAGCUCUUCACCAAAUACCAGAUUCCUUAUUUUGGGGGGGAACAGUCCGCUUCCUCUUCACCUUUAACGAAGCUGGUAGCCACACUCAUUCCGCCUACCCUACCCUGCAGGAUUGUUGUUCUAGUUUGGGGAGUGGAGGGGAGAACGGGAAGAGGAAGCGCCAUAUACGCGCCACGGUGAGUCUCCAAAAGAAAUAUAUGGCAUACAUGCUAUAAAUUAGAUGCGCGACUUGGAUCCGCAUUCAGGGAGAAGCUAGCUUUCCUUUAAACUUCUUUUAAACCACCAAGGGGCGCCCUUGCCCUUAGCAGCCGCCGUUUCCUUUCGACCCAUUCGGAGUCACUCCGGUGAGUUUUAGGGAUUGCAAAUCGCUCUCCGGCUUCCCGAAGGCUGACCUCGAUUUUUUCGGCCGAGACGCAGGCGAGGGAAGGAAUCCGUCCUCCUCCCGCCAGCUACGAGGGGCGCAAGAUCCUCUCUUGAAUUUUGGCGGAGUUCAAGAAGUUUUCCCACGGUGGUAACCGCAUCAGCCGCGGAGGAAGGCAAAGGGGAGGAGAAGAUCGGACGGUCCCGAGCAAAGUCAGAGGCUGCCUAUCCGACCUGCCCACCUCUCGGGUCCGCGCGAUAGUUGCGGAUGCUUGGCCAAACAUCCAGGAUGGCGAAGCUGGGGGUGGUCCUGCGCAGCAACAGCCUGACCUUACCCGAAAUCAGCUGCAUCCCUGACAUGUCCGGAAAAAACCGAAAGAGCAAAAGGAAAAUGUCAGAGCAGAAAAAAUCCUACAGCCUGGAAGAGUUUGUGGCCGAGGGGUUCCGAAACGAACACAAUGCACUUUUGACUCGAUCCAAAACAUACGAUGCGUCUGUCUCCAAAGACGUUGAGAAGGAAACAGUUUCUCUCCAGAGAAGGACUUCUGUCUCUGAUCUGGUGAAGCAUGCCAUGAAUUUCCGCCGCGUCUUCAAAGAUCUCUCUGAAGAGGGGGACCUCCUGGGAACAUUUUCAUGUUCCUGGCAACGAGAAAUGCCUUAUUAUGGCCGCCUCUACGUCACUAACAAUCAUAUCUGCUUCUACUGUAGCGUGCUGCGACGGGAACUUAAGGUGAUCAUUCCAGUGCCGAAUAUCAGUGUCCUAAAGAAGGCCAACACAGCCUUGUUGGUACCCAACGCCAUUUGCAUCCGUACAACUGAAGGAGAGAAGUUUCUGUUCAGCUCCAUUCGGUCACGGGAGAGUGCCUUCCAGCUCCUGCGCUCUGUUUGUAAACAUCUUGAGGACAGCAGUCAGAAUAACAGUCCAACUCCACCUCCCAUCAGCUCAGACCAUCUCCUGAAGGUACCCUUGAACUCGAAGGAAUCAGAUGCAAAUUACAACUUUCCAGAGAAAACAGAUGUGGCAGACAGGAUCCAGAUACCUUAUGAAGCGUCUUGCGAGCAGCAACAGCAGGUGACAAAACAGCAAAAGGCAGGGCAGACGACGAAGUCAGUAGCAAACCGGACGACUCCGCUGUGCCGUUUCAACACCGUUAUAAUCAUCUACCUCUUUUUGGUCGUUCUCCUGCUUUGUUCUUCGGGCUACAUUGGUCUGCGUAUCAUCCAGCUGGAAGAACAGUUGAUUUCUAUGGGGGCUUGGCCUGAACUGGAUCUUCAGCAUCAAUAUAAGCGAAGCUGAGGAAUAAAUUGUGUUCCGGGCAUCUAUGCAAGGUGAUGCUGAAACCGACAUUUCUGUGACUGAUCACAACUUCUCGCUGAUCACAACUUAAAGGAGAAACAGAAUUUUCCUUAGCCCUCGAUCAUCAAGCUCAACCACGCAGGAUCUUACAACAUCGAUUCUGCUCGGGGUUAUUUCCCCCCCCCCCAGCUUUUUCUGGAAAUAGAGGGGGGGUGUCUCCCCAAGAAGUAGAGAAUAUAGAAAGAUAACUUUUAAAGGGUGCCUGUGCACCAUGCAAAAUUCAGAGGCUGACCCACCAUGGAUCUAUCGUGUGCCUUGAGAAGCCAAAAUUUAGUAACUUUUUUACUCCUAACAUUUCCAUGUAAAAGAAGAUGGGAAAGGUGAAACACCUCUCUCUUAGUUUUUGUGUGUGGGGAAAAAAAAACUACCUUUCCCCCCUUCCUCUUUUUUUAAAGGCCAGGGAAGGUAUGUUUUAUCAUCUUGCACAAUAUUUUUGUAACUAGCAUAAGUGGGUGGUUUAAGAGGCUUAUGCUAUCACCGACACCUUUACUAUUGACUCUACCUCCAGAGUUCAGAGUAUUGGGGUGUUAUUAAUGUUUAAGCAAAGCAACUAUGGAGCCUCCGUGUUCAAAUGUGAUCUACCACAAAGUAGAAACUGUUAAGAGCUGAGCAGGGAAAGGGCUGGCCCUUCAAAUCCUGCUUGAGGUAACCCGCUGGCAUUUCAGAUGGAGAAGAAUGAGUUCUACGUUCAGUUGAAAAUCUGUUAAAGAUUGUUUUAAAAUACCAAGGAUUUUCCCCUCUCCCCUUGUCUCCCCUUCCCCCACACCCAGACCAGCAUUUUCAGGGACAAAUUGGGAUUUUGACUCAUGACAGAUACCUUAUUUUUAAAAUAUCAGCCGUUUGGGCAUAAAUUAAAUCCAGUUAUUUAUAAUGCAAAGUAGCAUUUCUCUUUUAUUAAACUU